AUGGACCAGUUUAAUCUUGGCAAUACCUCUGGACCACAAGUGGACUCUACAACCAUCUUAGGCUCAAAAGCGUCACGACAGGUACCUGCGACACAGGGUGACCUCUUCGUCUGCGAUCAGUGCCCAAAGGUCUUCAAUCGUCGUGAAAACUUGAGCCGGCACCAAAAGACACACGAUGCCUCACCAGCACACCGUUGUGCGCAAUGCAGCAAAACUUUUACGCGAAGUGACCUCCUCCGGCGUCACGAGGCGGGCCACGACAGAUGGGAUAAGAAGAAAGACCCGCGUAAAAGCGAAAAUGAUUCUGCUAAACGCAGGAAAUUUGCAUCGGAUGAGUUAGUUGAAAGCUCAACGUCUUCUCCAAGCGCUUCCGGGUCGACGCCCAAUGCUAUGAAACCCCAGAGGAAUUAUUCUCCCACUCCUCGAUAUCAGCAUGUUGACACGGGUCAUUCAAAUCCGACCGUCAGCCAUGCCAACUCUCAUUAUUAUGAAAACACUGGCCCAUCUGUCGAGUUAAAUCCCACUCCUGACCAUCAAACUUUUGACCACGCUCAGCAGUUGGAAUAUCGCUCACCAGGGCCCUGGUGGCAUCCACAUACAGGUCCGGAAGCUUAUAAUGUACAGCAAAACCAUUCAAAGGACCCAAGUGAAGCGGCCUUUGAGAAUUUCAAUAUGAAUGACAAUUCUGCAAUGAACUUUGACUUCUCUUCAUUCAUGGUACCCGCAGUUGGGCCUGGAGCCAGCGAUUGGUUCUCUUAUGAUUUCUACUCCGCAAUGAGAGAGACCGGAAAUGACUGGGGCUAUAUGCAAAAAGCUCUUCUAGAUCCCGACUUACUUACACAGGUCAAAGACUACCAGCCGAAUCACCUUUAUACCAACCAAGAAAUCAGCCCAGCACAAGUUUCAGGCCAGCGAGGCUCUGACAUAGAGCAAGAAGCUCCCCAGCAUGACUCUAGUGAUGAAGAUUUAGCAGAAAAUCGAGUUAUAACCCGGAUAUCAUCUCCCCCGAAUGAGGCAUCUGAUGAUGAUAAAUGGCCGUUCCUCUGGAAUCCCAACUCUCGACGAAUCUUGAUGGCAAGCCCUAUUAUCAUACCUGAUAAUCAUCCAUUAUUCAAGUUCCACAGCUCCAGAUUCGAUAUCACUGAACAAACUCUACUCAAAGUACAAGCCUUUCUCACGGCUCCCUCCGGGUUGGGUAUUCACCAAUCUCAGAAGAGCGUAUUCACGCUACCGUCGUUGCCCCUCAUCAAUGUCUUCAUCCGGUUAUUCUUUGAACAUUUCUCCCCUCAAAUGCCCGUGCUCCAUCACCCCACCGUUGAUACGAAUGUUGAUCUACCACCACCACUAAUAGCUAUGAUCGUAGUUAUCGGGGCGAUCUACAGUAACCUGAAGCAUUCCAGACGUUUCUCAAUCGUGCUGCUAGACAUCGUCAGGUGGAACCUUCAUAUUGCCGUUGAAUGCGACAAUAGUCUCAUGAGAGACAACAUGAUUAUAUAUGCAGAAGCACUUAUAUGCCACACUGGGCUCUGGUGUGGAAACAAACGGUGCUUCGAGCUUGCGGAAGUUGUUCGCGGUGCGCUUAUUACCUACAUCCGCCGAUUUCAUUUCCAUGGCCCGCCCGAGGCACCGCCCUCAGACGCGAGUACUGAAGGAACCCUACAGGCGGACUGGAAGCGAUGGAUUUUCGAAGAAUCCCAGAGGAGGUUAUACUGGGUUGUAUACUCUAUCGACUGCCAAUUCCCCUGUCUCUUAAAUUUACCUGGAACGAUCUCUAUUGGAGAAGUCAGUAAUUUGCUCUGCCCUGCAGACGACGAGUUUUGGCUAGCGACUUCUGCUCGGGAUUGGAAGAAUUUGUUAGGUCUCGCUUUGGUUCCACCAUCACGAUUAUUCUCAGCGGCCGUUUCUCCUUUCGUGUUGAAAGCUUCUGCGGGUGGAGCAGACACAUUUGGGUUCAUCGUCGAACAACUUCGCCGGACGAAUCUUGGUCGGGGACAGAACCAGGGCUUACUAGAUCUCAAUUCUUGGAGUGCAUUUUUGGUUCUUAUGACCAUUCAAACUCAACUGUUCAACUUCCAGCAAGAAUCGAUGCUAGCUAGGACAUUUAUGGAAGAUGGGGAUACGUAUGAAACGGAGGAUACAAUCUCAAAUCUAAGGAAGCUACAAAGUAUAAGGCGUGGGGAACUUGCAGAACUCCUCUUUUCAUGGUCUAAAGCGUAUCUCACUCCCCGUCGGUCAAAUCUCCACGCAUCAUCCCGCUACUUCUACGCCUCUUCCCUUGUCAUCCACCACCUGAGCAACAUCAUUCUCGAUGUCUCCCUCUCGGAUCUCCAAAACGCCCUCGGCAGAACUGGUCCUGAAGGCAUCAUUCGAGCUAUGACUAAACUCACAAACUGGGCCCAGAAGUCUCCUCGCAUUGCGGAAGAAGUAGCCUAUAAUGCCGUCCGGGCAAUCGUCUCCCUCGCUCCCAAAAAAGGCACCCACGAAGAUGACAUCCGGAAUACAGAUACAGCGCCUUAUAGUAUCGUCACGCUCUUCCUCAGCCAUGUAGUAUUGUGGGUGUUUGCGAAUGUGUGUCCUAGGGAGCAGAAAUCCGUACUUCUGGGCAUGGUCGGUGACAAUGAGGUCUUAAGGUCCAGUUCUUUCUUCGCGGUGUUGCAACGAGCGAUGGCGCUUAGCGAUGAAUACGGUGUUGCCGGUAAGAUGAACAACAAAGAUGCACCGAAUAUACUGUUUAAAUUCGGGGCGGAGAUGCUGACGAGAGUGGGGACUUGGGGCGCGUCGCUGAACAUGGCGCUUAUGAUACAUCAGCGAGCUGAGAUGUGA